UUCAAACUUUGGACAUCAUAUGUGUGAAAACAAAAAACACCUACAUAAUAGAUUAGCAGAGGAUCCGAAUCCUAUAAUCUUGUCUACGUCUUUCUUUACUUGCUCCAAUGGCCUCUCCACCAUCUCUUCCUUCGGAAAUAUGGUUUGAUCAUAUUCUAACGCGAAUUGAAUCCCUCGACAGCCUAGGGAUGUGUAGAGUGGUUUCAAAGGACUGGAAUCACAUCACAUACGAUUCAAGGUUCUGGCAAUUGUUUUGCAAGAGAAGUGACACAGUGCACUCUGGGUUUUUAAUUCAGACUUCGCACAAUGGCAAACACUCAUCAACGUUUGUGUCUGUUGAUAACAAGGCCAACAAGACUUUGAAUCUCCCAAUACUAAACUUCUUGCCCGCCCCUGUCAAAGUUGAAGCUGUGAGUAGCCAAGGUGGCCUAGUAUUUUGUCUGAACCAAAACCAUCGUAGAGUACCCGAAUAUUUUGUGUGCAAGCCUACCACUCUACAAUGGGAAACUUUACCCAAUCCAAAGACUAGGUACAUCACCCUAAGUAACGCCAUGGUUGUGUUGAGUUCAAAACCUUUAAGGUACAAGAUUAUUCGGUUCUCGAAGCCCGUCAAAUGCAAUCCUCAACCAUAUAAAAAUCUCAUCACGUGUGAGGUGUUUGAUUCAAACACUUGGGCAUGGAAGCAGUUGAAGCAUGUUAGUUUGCCUGAUUCUGUUUUCCUCAGCCUCCCGCAUUGUGUAACAUCAUGUGGCGCGUGUUAUUGGCUUUUGACGAACAAACAAGUGCUUGCUUUUUAUUACGAAGAUGAUAAAGAGAGUUGGGAAAUUUUUGAUUCACCAGUGUCGGUAAGUGAUAGUGACUGGUCCAAGUACAACAAACUCGUAGAGUAUCAAGGUCGUCUUGCUUUGAUGUACUUUGAAGGAGAGUUGAUGGAGCUAUGGGUCAUGGAAGAUCAUGAGAAAAAAGUAUGGAGGAGACACAAAGUGAUCAGUCUUAAAGGGCUUAAGGAACUAGAGGGGCAUGAUUAUGCUUAUAUUUUCCCUGUAGCACAUUACAGCAGUGAUAUUGCACUAAUGAAAGGGUUGAAGCAAGUAAGUUUUUACAAAUUCCAAGGAAGUUCCAGUUACAAAGUAGUCAAGCUAGAGCAUAAACCUAAUGAAAUUUUCAAGCUGCAGUCUGAUUUUGAGAAGGUUAAUUUGAGGGGUCCAUGGAGAUGGCGAGAUUUUAGCUUCAUCUUCUUUGUGUUUGGAUUUAGUUUGUUUUGUUAUUUUGUGCGCUUUGUAUUAGGUUUAUAA